UUUAUCGAAUGCUCGGACAAAGUCUUUGACGAAUUCUUUAAGACUGGGGAUGAUGUUCGCACGUAUAAACCUCACGUAGAAUAUCUCCUUGAAAAUAACAUUCGCGUCAUGCUUUAUCACGGCGAUGCCGACUACAUCUGUAAUUGGUUUGGGGGCAUUGAUGUAGCGAACCAGCUUGUAUGGGAAAACCAAGUUGAAUUUAAUGCCGCCCCAAUGCAGUGUUGGAAGGUUGACGAUAAAGAUGCCGGUCAAAUUCGUAGCUUUGGUCAAUUAUGGUUUGUCAAGAUAUACGAGUCUGGUCAUGAAGUUCCAUUUUACCAGCCGAAAAAUUCAUUGGAUUUGUUUAAGAGAUGGAUUAAUAAUGAUUCAUAG